AUGAGUAAAAAUAAAAAAGGAAAAAAAAAAGAAGAUUUAGAUGCUAUUUUAGCAGAAUUAGGAAUUGAAGAAAAAAGAGAAGAUCAAGUUAAUGAAAAUGAAGGCGAUGAAAAAGGUGAAAAUACACAAAUAUCAAAAUCAAAAAAAAGAAAAGAAAAGUUAAAGCAAAAAAAAGAACAAAUUAAACUAAAAGAAAAUGAUGAUACAGCAAUAGCAGAAACAGAAGUUGUUAAAGAAGAAGACGAUAAAAAUGACGAAAAGGAUGGAGAAGAUGGGGAAAAUAAUGAAACAGCUAAAGGGAAGAAAAAAAAAAAAAAAAAAAAAGAUAAAGAAUCAAAAGCAGAAACUGGUAUAUCAGCAGCAGCAAAAGCAGCUGCUGAAAGAUUAAGACUUUUAAAAGAAUAUGAAGAAAAACAAAAAGAAGAAGAACGAAAAAAACGGGAAGAAGAAGAAGAAAGAAUUAGGAAAGAAGAAGAAGAAAAAGAAAAAAAAAGAUUAGCACGAUUAGAAAAAAAAAUGCAAUUAAAAAAAGAAGGAAAAUUAUUAAGUGCAAAAGCUAAAGAAGAAAAAAAAAAAAGAGAAUUAUAUUUACAAACAUUAAAAGAAUCAGGAAUGUUAAUAGAACCUAAAGAAAAGGCAAAAGCAGAAAUUAUAAAUCUAGAUAUAAAUAAAGCUAAGUUAUUAUUAAAAAAAAAAAAAAAUAAACAAACAUCAGGGUGUGCAAAUAAUCCAAAUGCUGAUGUUAAAAAUAAAGAAAUUAAAGAUAACGAAAAUAAAGAUAAAGAAAGUGAUGAUAUAGAAAAAGAAGAAAAAGAAAUUGUUUUAGAUGAUUGGGAAGAUUUUCUAAAUAUGGAUAAUGAAGAAAAAAAAAAAGCAGAAAAAAAUAAUAUUGAUCAAAGCACAAAAGAAAAUAAACAAACUCAAAUUGUGAAAAAAAGUUCCACAAAUGAUAAAAAAGGAAAAAAACAAAAAAAUAAUAAAAAUGGAGAAAAUAAUGAAGAUAAAGAUAAUGAAAAAACAGAAGAAGAAGAAGAUAUAUAUCGAUCAUCUAUUGUUUGUAUUCUUGGUCAUGUAGAUACAGGAAAAACAAAAUUAUUGGAUAAACUUCGGCACACAAACGUACAAGAUAAUGAAGCAGGGGGUAUUACUCAACAAAUUGGAGCAACCUUUUUUCCAAAAGAUAUUUUAGAUAAAGAAAUAAAAAAAAUUGAUGGAACAAUAAAAUGUUUGUCAAAAGGUAUUAUGAUUAUAGAUACGCCAGGGCAUGAAUCUUUUUAUAAUUUAAGAAAAAGAGGAUCAUCUUUAUGUGAUAUUGCGAUAUUAGUUAUUGAUUUAAUGCAUGGAUUAGAACAACAAACAAAAGAAUCUAUUCAAAUUUUGAAACAAAGAAAUUGUCCAUUUGUAAUUGCAUUAAAUAAAAUAGAUAGAUUAUAUAUGUGGGAAAAAAAUGAUUGGGAACCUUUUAAUAAUACAUUUAAAAAUCAAAAAGAAUAUGUAAAAGAAGAAUUUAAUAAUAGAUUACAAACUAUAUUAAAUGAAUUAUCAGAGCAAGGAUUAAAUUGUCAAUUAUAUUGGGAAAACAAAAAUCCAAGAAAAUAUGUAUCUAUAGUUCCAACAAGUGCUAUAACAGGUGAAGGAAUAGCAGAUUUAAUUAUGGUUUUAGUUAAAUUAACUCAAAGUUUUAUGUUAAAAAAUAUUGAAUAUAAUAAGAAAUUAGAAUGUACUGUUUUAGAAGUUAAAAAUAUUGAAGGGUUAGGUACAACAAUAGAUGUUAUAUUAACAAAUGGAAUUUUAAAAGAAUCAGAUACACUUGUUUUAUGUGGAAUGAAUGGGCCUAUUGUGACAGUAGCCAGAGCGUUAUUAACCCCUCAACCUUUAAAAGAGUUAAGAAUAAAAAAUGAAUAUAUUCAUCACAAAAGUAUUAAAGCAUGUAUUGGGGUUAAAAUAUCAGCAAAUGGUUUGGAAGAAGUUUUAUGUGGUACAUCUUUAUUUGUAGCUAAUAAUAAUGAUGAAAUUGAAGAAUACAAAAAAAAAGUUAUGACAGAUGUAUCUGAUGUUUUUAAUCAUGUUGAUAAAUCUGGUGUUGGUUUAUAUGUUAUGGCUAGUACAUUAGGUUCUUUAGAAGCUUUACUUAUAUUUUUAAAUGAUUCAAAAAUUCCAGUUUUUUCAGUAAAUAUAGGAACGGUUCAAAAAAAAGAUGUAAAAAAAGCUAGUAUUAUGAGAGAAAAAGGAAAACCAGAAUAUUCAGUCAUUUUAGCAUUUGAUGUUAAAAUAGAUCCAGAAGCAGAAAAAGAAGCACAAAUAUUAGGUGUUGAAAUUAUGCAAAAAGAUAUUAUAUAUCAUUUAUUUGAUGCAUUUACUGCAUAUCUAAAAAAAAUAGAAGAUGAAAAAAAACAAAGUAAAAUGACUGAUGCUAUUUUCCCUUGUGAAGUAUCUAUUAUAAAUGAUUGUGUAUUUAAUAAAAAAGACCCAAUAGUUGUAGGUGUUAAAAUUGAAGCUGGAAUUUUAAAAAUAGGUACCCCUUUAUAUAUACCAGAAAAAAAUCUAAAAAUUGGAAAUGUUGUAAGUAUUGAAUCGAAUAAAAAAAGUUGUAAUAAAGCAAAAAAAGGCGAAGAAGUUUGUGUAAAAAUAGCUGGGGAACCAAACGUUACAUAUGGACGUCAUUUUGAUUUUAAUCAAAAAAUAUACAGUAAAAUUACGCGGGAAAGCAUUGAUGUUUUAAAGCAAUACUUCAGAAAUGAACUCACAAUGGACGAUUGGCGAUUAGUUGUACAGCUUAAAAAGAUUCUGAACAUUUUAUAA